GUGUAUUCAACAAAAACAAAGAACCACACAAUGUAAACGCUGAAGCCUUCUGCUGCUUCGGCAGUUGGAAAAACUUGUAAAGGUACUUUUAAGCAGUUAUGUUAGGUCGUCUCUCUGUCUUUCACAUUUUCAUCAUUUGUAUUGCUUGCAUUUCUUUAACCGCAUGUCAGGAUAGUCCAAUAAAUGAGGAAUGUGAAGGAAAAGAAGAUGGCAGGUAUCCUGUCAAAGAUUGUUUUAAAUUUAUGAUUUGUACAAAUGGGUCAAGGCGUGAAGAGACAUGCACAGAGGAUACCAUGUAUUCACCUAUCAAAGGACAAUGUACACCAAAAUCGAAUGUGACAUUAGAAAGCUUCUGCGAAGGUCGUUCUACAGGUGAUUGGAUGAAUCCAUGGAACUGUCACAAAUUUAUCAGCUGUGUUUUGGGGUGGUUUACCGAACAAAGUUGUAUAGAUGAUUUAGCAUACGAUGCAGCGACAGAUACCUGUAAAAACGAAUCUCAGGUUCUUUUCUGUCAGGUUUUAGCGUCAAUGAAUGUUAACGUCACUGCAAGACUUUCUAAUUCUUCCAACAACAGUGAAGUAAUGUCCCUCAUGCAAGGGAACAAUACGGAAAAGCAACCAGCAACCUCAGCAUCACAACAAAAACAGUUGGAACAUCAAAACGGAGCAGAACCUGAAAGCAAAUUCAAUGGGACGAAUCUUCAAAAUGGCACAGAACUUUCAGCCGUCAAUCAAACCGAUGUCAACAACAACAACAACCAAACUCUUCACCAAUCAGAUUCAGAUUUGAUUUCGCCAACAGAUUUACGUAAACUCCUCAAAACUGGUGAUGUCAGGCUUAUUGAUGUUAGAAUGCCAUUUGAGUUAAAGACGGAGGGCCGUAUUGCUCAUUCGGUGAAUAUACCAUUGCCAGAGAUUGAUUCUGCAUUCGGCAUGUCAAAUGAGGAAUUUAAAUCCAAAUACAAUGUGGAUAAACCUGCCAAGACAGAUUGCAAUCUUGUGUUUCAUUGUAAAAGGGGUGUGAGAUCUAUGAAGGCUUUGAACAUUGCUAAAACAAAAGGUUACACGUGCGCAAAGAGCUUGGCAGGAGGUUUUGAAGCAUGGAAAGUAGAUUCAGCAAAAUAAAGUGGAAGUUUCUCAACUGACCACAUACAUAUUUUUAUAUCCAAAGUUAAUAUAUUUUUGUGUUUAUUAUAAAUUUUAUUUGGUUAUACGAAAAAUCAGUUUAUGUGAGCGAUGUAAAGAAAAGUUUAAAUUUUUUUUUUUUCGUGUACAAAAAACAUGAAUCGACAAUGCAGUGGUGUGCAGUACUCUGGCAUAACCUCCUUUGCAACGAAGGUAAACUAAAAAACGGGAAUAAAAACAAAGUGGAUAAUAUACUAUCGCACGUAACCAUCGCAUAUAACCUGAGCAAAACUAAAGUUGGAUUUCGUGACACCAAAUUUCUGUAUGUAUGACAUAUAUAUUAAUAAUUUUUCGUAAGUUUAUUUGUUUUUCAUUACGCUUAUUUUGAUGGUGCUCCUGUGGCAACACUCCGUAACAUUACGUUUCUGAAGCUUGACUUUUAAUAACGCUGUUCAUCAACUAUUGUGCAAUGGACAACGUCAUAAUUUUUUUGAAAAUACAUACUGUACAAGAAAGCCAAGGAAGUAAUAUUGCACGGCAAAUGUCAUAGAGAUUUUUUACUAUCUCCACAACAGUAAAAUAACUUUUUUUUCUUUUUGAAAGCAAGCUUAAGUGUUAUUGUUGUUUUCCUGGUGCUGAUUCUGUUGCGGUUGUUGUUUAUGUUGUUGUUGUUGUUGUUGUCGUUACAUAUGGUAGAUGGUAGCUGCUGAUGGUGUAAGUUAUUGUAAUAAAGUCGCUUUCAUGUGUUUCACAUUGCUUUUACUGUUAACUGUGAGAUCGUUUGUUGUUUUUGUUUUUGUUGUUGUUGUUGUCGUUGUUGUUGUUGAUAUUUGUUGUUGCUAUUGUUACUGUGGUAAUUUUAAUGUCAGCUACCUUAAAAUUUAUUUGAAGUUACUUUAACUCCAUCUUAUUUGGCAUAUAUGUUGUUUGGUGUUUCUUUUUAGUCGUUUGUUUGUUUUAAAAGCUUCUUGUUUGUUUUGCUCUGUUUUGGUUGUUUGUGUUUUUUGCUUUGUUGUUUAUCUGUUUAUUGAUUGUGAGUGAUGUUGUUGUCGGUUUGUUUAAAUUCUGUGCUGUUUCUUCGUACAUUGUAUAUUGACGUCACUAUUUUGUUUGUUGCUGUUUAUUUUGUUUUUGCCUUGGCUUUCUUUCACUUUCUAUUUUUCGCGUGAUUCUACUUUAUCGUUCCAUAUUGUCAAUCAAAUCAGUGUUUUAUGUCUAUGAUCACACUAGCAUUAGCUAUCUUGUUUUUUGUAAACUUCAUUGUUUCUUUGUUUAGCGUUGCUUAUGUUUGUUUAUAAUUGUUUAUUGUUGUAUAUAUAUAUAUUUUUUCGUCUACUUUUUUUUUUUACUUUACUUAUUUUUGUUUAUUUUUGUUUAUUUUUUUGUUGAUAUUUGUUGAUUGUUGCUUUUAAUCUGGUUGGAUUUGUUGUCAUCUUGUUAUCUGUGGUUACUCUGUUGAAUUCUUUGUGCUCUAGUUGUUUCUCUGUCCCUGUUUUACCGUUAUUUUGGUUGAUGUCGUCGUCGGUGUUUCUGUUUCAGCUUUGCUUUUGUUUGUUUGUGUUGUGAUUUGUUUGUGCAUUUCAUUAUCGUGUCGUAUCGUCUUGUGUAGACUAAGCAAACUGUAAUCAGUUUAUUACCUUUGUGUGACUAUGCGUUCAUUUUAGCUCAACUUUAAUGGUUUUUCACCUCUCUACUGAAUUUCGAAUUGUUGAUGUUUGUUGUCGUCUGUUUGUUUAUUAAUGUUUCUGUUAUAUUUUUAUAUUUUGAUCGUAAUUAUUGUGUCUUGGAUGUUUUAGUAUAUUUUGCCGUUUGUCUCUUGUUUAUGUACUUUGUUGAUUCUGUGUCUUAUUUGAUGUUAAAGGCGAAAUUUACGUUGUAUUGUUAUGUUUUCGUAGUAUAUGUAGUUAAUCAUUGUUCUUAUGUUUUGUUUCGUUUAUAUUUAUGGAAAUAUUUUUAACGUUUGUCGUUCAGAUUUCGUUGAUUAUUGUUGAUGUAUAUAUUGCGAUAUUUGUCAUAAAAAUGUUUUGAUUUGUUUCUUUGGUAUAUUUGACAAUAUUUGUCGUUAGUGUUCAUGUUCAUGUUUCGUCCAGUUUGUUUUGUAGAUCUUUAUUGCAGUAUUUGUCGGUAACUUUUUUUUCAGUAAGUUUUGUUAAUGUUGUGAAGUUUCUGUAUAUUGUGAAAUUUGUCGAUGUUUCGUCAAUUGUCGUUUCGUUGAUGUGUAUUGCAGCAUUUGUAAGUAUUUUCUUUUCCUUUACAGUUUCCUUGAUGUGAUGUCGUUUGUUAUUAUGGAUAUGCGGCAUUUGCAACUAAAGUUUUAUGUUCAUGUUUUGUUGAUACAAUGGCGAUAUUUGCCAUUAUUGUUGAUGUUGUUUCGUAAAAGUUGUUUCGUAGGCGUUGUUUCGUUGAUGUUGUUUCGUUGAUGUUGUUUCGUAGAUGUUGUUUCGUAGAUGUUGUUUCGUAGGCGUUGUUUCGUUGCUGUUGUUUCGUUGAUGUUGUUUCGUUGAUGUUGUUUCGUAGAUGUUGUUUCGAUGAUGUUGUUUCGUAGAUGUUGUUUCGUUGAUGUUGUUUCGUAGAUUUUGUUUCGUUGAUGUUGUUUCGUUACUGUUGUUACGUUGAUGUUGUUACGUUGAUGUUGUUACGUUGAUGUUGUUUCGUAGAAGUUGUUUCGUAGACGUUGUUUCGUUGCUGUUGUUUCGUUGAUGUUGUUUCGUAGAUGUUGUUUCGUUAAUGUUGUUUCGUAGAUGUUGUUUCGAUGAUGUUGUUUCGUAGAUGUUGUUUCGUUGAUGUUGUUUCGUAGAUUUUGUUUCGUUGAUGUUGUUUCGUUACUGUUGUUUCGUUGAUGUUGUUUCGUAGAUGUUGUUUCGAUGAUGUUGUUUCACAGAAGUUGUUUCGUAGUUUUUUCGUAGAUGUUGUUUCGUAGAUGUUGUUUCGUAGAUGUUGUUUCGUAGAUGUUGUUUCGUUGAUGUUGUUUCGUAGAUGUUGUUUCGUUGAUGUUGUUUCGUAGAUUUUGUUUCGUUGAUGUUGUUUCGUUACUGUUGUUUCGUUGAUGUUGUUUCGUAGAUGUUGUUUCGAUGAUGUUGUUUCACAGAAGUUGUUUCGUAGUUUUUUCGUAGAUGUUGUUUCGUAGAUGUUGUUUCGUAGAUGUUGUUUCGUAGAUGUUGUUUCGUUGAUGUUGUUUCGUAGAUGUUGUUUCGUUGAUGUUGUUUCGUAGAAGUUGUUUCGUAGAUGUUGUUUUGUAGAUGUUGUUUCGUUGAUGUUGUUUCGUUGAUGUUGUUACGUUGAUGUUGUUUCGUUGAUGUUGUUACGUUGAUGUUGUUACGUUGAUGUUGUUACGUUGAUGUUGUUUCGUAAAAGUUGUUUCGUAGAUGUUGUUUCGUAGAUGUUGUUUCGUAGAUGUUGUUUCGUAGAUGUUGUUUCGUUGAUGUUGUUUCGUUGAUGAUGUUACGUUGAUGUUGUUACGUUGAUGUUGUUACGUUGAUGUUGUUACGUUGAUGUUGUUACAUUGCUGUUUACGACGUUAUUUCUCGUUAUUAUGCCCGUAUAAUUUAAUUGUUGUGUGUGAUGAAUGUACCUAAUUGAUGUUUGCCUUUUCUGUAACUUGUAUUGUUGAUGUGAGUUUUAGUGAGUAUUGUUGUUAGUAUGACUUGUAAUGUCUAUUUCUGUUUUCUGUUUGACGUGCAUGCAUUCUUAAUGAAAGCUGUCGGCAUUCUUAAACAUGUCACGUAUGUUUUUGGUAGGUGCAUUGUUGCUUGAUGUGUGUCACCAGUGUGACUGUUUGAACUGUAUGCUUGUGUGUGUAUUUGUGACGUAGCGUAGCGUAGUUGGUGUUGAGCAAUGUUGAUUUGUUGUUACCACGUGUGAUAAACCUUGAUUCGCGUCUUUCGAAAUGCUUUUAUUACGUAAAUUGUUGAUGUUUGUUCUGAUGUGUCUUUGCUGUAUGUCGUUGGUGUCGUGUGUUGGGUAUUGUUGUGCCAUGUGUUGCGUGUUGUUGAUAUAUAUUCUUCAUGUUUGUUCUGAUGUUUGCCUUUGUUGCGUGGUGUUGAUGUUGCGUGUUGUUGAUUUUUUUUGUGUGCGCAAAUGAUGAAUCUCAUUAAAAUUACGUAUAAUUGAUGUAUAAGGUAUUUAUCAGCAGCUUAUAUGUAAUGUUUGUUGUACGUGGUCCAUUUUAUUGAUGCCUAUGAUCCUGUUGUGUAUUUUGAAUGUAUUGGUAUGUUGUUUUUGUUGUUGUUAUUGUUGUUGUUGUUGCUUUUGCUGUUGUGAUUGCUUUUGUUAUUGUUGUUGUUGUUGUUGUUAUUAUUGUUUCAUUUGUGAGCGUUUUGCUGUGUUGUUUCCACUGGUUUUCUAUUGCGCCUUCAACAUACUUAUGUAUGCGAUAAAGGAGAUACAUUUCAAUGUUGUUUACUUUAAAUUUUCUUCGGGAGUACCAUCAAUAAAGCAUGCCUGUCGUUAUUUUGUUAUUAUGUUUGUUAUUAUUAUUUUUUGUAUUUGUUUGCUUAUAUUUGACAUGUUAUAUAUUUGUAAAUUUGUUCUGUAAAUUUGUUCUGACGUGAUGUGACUUUAUGGAAAAAACACACCAAAAUAAAAAUAAAAUCCAAUCCUUGAGAACUGAGAAAUUACUUUUUCAAAUAUUCACUGAUAAAAAUGUGUAAACCAAAAAAAUUUGCUAACACGUGUGUUUUUGUGGACGUAGUAGUUUAUUUAUUAAUUUAUUUUUGUUAUGUUUUAAAUCUAUAUUUAGACGGUAUUACAACAUGAUUUAAAAGUGUAAAAGUGUUUGGCUACAAAAUUAUUUAUUUAUGAUAUAAGCAUAAAUACAUGUGUAUUAUUUGA